ACGGUUUUCCGGACAAUGUUUCUGGUAACACAAGACUGCAAAGUACUUCCGGGUCUAAUCGUCCGGUCAUCCGCUUUCAGUCGCAGAUUUCCCGGCUCAUUUCCCUUAUUCCUCCUCCAAAUUUGCACCUCAGCUUUGAGCCCAAUCUCGUUUAAACCAACCGAUUUACCAGCUGGACCCUCAGAUUGCUCUGCAGCCAUGCGGGUGUUGCUAUUAUUCGCUGUGACCGUGCUCUCUCUCAGCCCGGUGGCGGUGAAUGGAGCCGAGAAGAAGAAGCUGCAGAUUGGCAUCAAGAAGCGAGUGGACAACUGCCCCAUCAAAUCCCGCAAAGGAGACGUGCUGAACAUGCACUACACGGGCAAGCUGGAGGACGGCACCGAGUUUGACAGCAGCAUCCCCCGCGACAGGCCCUUCACCUUCACCCUUGGCACUGGGCAAGUGAUCAAAGGCUGGGACCAGGGCCUCCUGGGCAUGUGCGAGGGCGAGAAGAGGAAGCUGGUCAUCCCCGCAGAGCUCGGCUACGGAGACCGGGGGGCUCCACCAAAGAUCCCCGGAGGAGCGACGCUUAUUUUCGAGGUGGAGCUGCUCAACAUCGAGAGGAGAUCCGAACUUUGAUGAAGAAACAUGGCAAGGGAGAUAACUUUCAAAACGUUCCAGGAGCUGCAGAAGCACAAAGCAGAGAAAUCCAAACUCUGAUGAAGACUACGAGGCCAUUAUGGGAGAUGCCCCGCGGCAGAUCUGCAGUCAACCUUUUUGGGCUUUUAAACUGGCCCUUAUGCUCUCAUUUAUUGGACUGAUGUGAUUAUAUGGUAACAGAGUAGUCUGUAUGUUUUUGCUAAACAUAAGUAGAACUGACAGCGGGCAGAGCAGACCAGGAUAUUGCUGUGGACGGAAAAAAAAGUCAUUUCCUGCCAUCUCAUCUCAUUUUUGUCGUUCAUUAUCUGUGAUUUAUAAACCAGUCCAUACGUUACUGUACUUCCUUUACAAAUUUAUGUAAAUUGUUUAUUAACUCAGAAGUCAGAAAUAUAAGGACAUCUGUUUUUGUUUAUCUGAAUUAUGAUAAUAAAAUGUUUACCUUACUGGA